UUCUCUAUGGCUUCAGAUGAUACUAAGCACAAGGGUUUCGCCCUUGUGCUACAGAAUCCCUAUCUCUGCGGUGUUGCAUCGUUCUCAACCCUAGGGGGCCUAUUAUUCGGCUAUGACCAAGGCGUCAUUAGCGGUGUCAUAACAAUGGAGUCCUUUGGAGCUCGAUACCCGCGCGUAUUCACAGAUAGUGGAUAUAAGGGAUGGUUCGUAUCAACACUGUUACUAGCAGCCUGGUUCGGAUCUCUGAUCAACGGCCCUAUCGCCGAUCGAAUUGGUCGCAAAUUAUCGAUCAAUGUGGCGGUUGUGAUUUUUACUAUUGGAUCCAUCAUCCAGUGCGCUGCGAUGAAUAUCCCUAUGCUCUUUGCUGGUCGCGCUAUUGCUGGUUUGGCUAUUGGUCAACUUACUAUGGUUGUUCCGUUGUAUAUCUCUGAGGUUUCAAUUCCUGAAAUUCGGGGAGGCCUUGUUGUUGUGCAGCAAUUAUCCGUUACUAUUGGAAUUCUGGUCAGCUAUUGGAUCGACUAUGGAACAAAUUAUAUUGGCGGUACACGCUGCGCUCCUGAUAUCCCUUAUACGGGUGGAACGACAGCUAAACCUGCCUUUGAUCCUUACCAUGAUGUCCCUUUAUCUGGAUGCACGGGACAAUCAGAAGCGUCGUGGCGUCUCCCUCUCGCCAUCCAGAUUCUUCCAGCAGUCAUUCUGGGUAUUGGAAUGCUUUUCUUCCCGGAUUCGCCGCGUUGGCUAUUGAUGAAAGAGCGUGAUGAUGAAUCGCUCAAUGCACUCUCUAAAUUGCGUCGGCAGUCGAGGGAUAGUCCUGUUCUUUUGAAUGAGUAUCUUGAGAUUAAGGCUUCUAUUAUGCUGGAAAAUACUUUUGCUCGGGAACAUUUCCCUAAUUUGUCUGGGUAUAGGUUACAUGUUGCUCAGUACAUGUCCUUCGUGACGACCUGGGCCCGUUUCAAACGGCUGGCUAUUGGCUGCAUUGUCAUGUUCUUCCAGCAGUUUAUGGGAUGCAAUGCAAUUAUCUACUACGCACCCACAAUCUUCGCCCAGCUAGGCCUAGAUGGCAACACAACCUCGCUUCUUGCAACUGGCGUAUACGGUAUCGUCAAUUGUCUCAGUACACUCCCAGCGCUAUUCUUCAUCGACAAAGUCGGUCGUCGAGUUCUGCUCAUGGCAGGUGCCACGGGAACCUGCAUCUCGCUCGUUAUUGUCGGUGGUAUCCUGGGUGGCUAUGGGGCACGCCUAGUGGAUAACAAGUCCGCUGGGUGGGCUGGCAUUGCCUUUAUCUAUAUCUACGAUAUCAACUUCUCUUAUUCAUUCGCUCCCAUUGGCUGGGUUCUACCAUCUGAAAUCUUCAAUCUCUCGAUUCGAUCCAAGGCGAUCUCUAUUACAACUUCGGCGACAUGGAUGUGUAAUUUCAUCAUUGGUCUUGUCACGCCUGACAUGCUCGAAUCAAUUACUUGGGGCACAUACAUCUUCUUUGCAGCCUUUUGUUUGCUUGCGCUAUUGUUCACUUAUUUCUGCAUCCCCGAGACACGAGGAAAGACCCUCGAAGACAUGGACCUCAUCUUUGGCGACACAGCCGCCCACGAAGAAAAGAAACGCAUCAAGAACAUCGAAGCCGAAUUACGCGGAACCCCUAUCGAAGAAGAUGACGACCUCAUGAAGCCAGUCGAUCAACAUGCAGAGAUUGUCGACGUGUAG